GUACGAGAUUACAGUGUGGGGAGGGUGGAACGGCUGGAAGCUACAAAGACAAAACAAAGGCCACACGUUUCAAGGCGCGGGUCGCUUUUUGCCUUUUUUGUAAAUCAAAAGAUAUUUAAUUUAUACGCAUAGUUUCCACUUCCACUGCAAUAUAAAAGCGGUGUACCAUGCCUAGUAGCACGUCUUUGUUGGAGACGGACGAGGGAGAGUCCGAGGUGCCACCGCCGCUAGUGCACGCUUUCGCCGGCAUGGGCCUGGAUGAGCACCGCGGCACACAGAGCCAGACGCCCGAACAAGCAGACGAGAGCCUCUCGUUUCACCACCAACUCCCCUCGGUUUCUCAUUUCAGUGUAAUCGGUACGGUGCUAGACCUAAAACCCCUGCCUCUACAUCGACCACCCUCGGGGGAUGAAGUAACGCUAAAGAUAAGUGCAGCGCCUGAGGACAAAGAGCCAGAAGUUACAGCCCCCAGUGACUUUUCGGGCUGCACCAGUAGCUCAUUAUUAGCGCAGGCCCACCGCCUCCAACACCUCCCGCCUGGGCCGAGUAUCUCCCUGAUGCCGUCCGGGAUCGAACCGUCACACGCCGAGACGGUUCUGUUGUACAACGGAGACGAGCUGGAUGAACGUGGCGGCGGCAGCGCCCUACCGCCAGUUAGCAGCAUGGCCAUGCUACCGCCCGUGUUCUCGGAGUCCGGCUACGACACCGAACCGUCGAUGAUGAGUCGGAGGAAGAGCGUCAACACGACCGAGUGUGUCGCGGUACCGAGCUCGGAGCACGUCGCGGAGAUUGUGGGGCGGCAGGGCUGUAAGAUUAAGGCACUUCGAGCCAAGACCAACACUUACAUUAAGACGCCAGUGAGGGGGGAGCAGCCUGUUUUUGUCGUGACUGGUCGCAAAGAAGACGUGGUUAUGGCCAAGAGGGAGAUUCUCUCUGCAGCCGAGCACUUCUCCCUGAUCAGAGCCUCGCGAAACAAGACGGGCCCUCUGUCUGCCAUUACAGGUCCUGGGACCCCUGCACUGCCUGGGCAGACGACUAUUCAGGUCCGGGUACCAUAUCGUGUUGUUGGGCUGGUUGUGGGUCCCAAAGGGGCAACCAUUAAACGCAUUCAGCAGCAGACCCACACGUACAUUGUGACACCAAGUCGUGACAAAGAGCCAGUGUUCGAGGUCACCGGGAUGCCAGAGAAUGUGGACCGCGCCAGGGAGGAGAUCGAGGCCCAUAUCGCCAUGCGCACUGGAACCAGCAGCAGCGUCGAAGCUCCAGGUGUAGACAACAACGACUUUCAGUUUAAUGGAACGGAUGUCAGCUUUGAGAACUCUGGAGCACCACUGGGGUUGGAGGAUGCUGCUUGGCUUCACACCGGCGCGCCACCACAGGGCGGUGGUGUCCUGCUGCCGCUGAGCGUCAGUGGUACUCAGCGAAUCAAUAGCAAUAUUAACAGUGGUGUCAGGAUGUCUUCCACCUACCGCAACGACAGCUCCAGUUCCCUGGGCAGUGGCUCCAGCUCAACUGAUUCUUUCCACGGCAGUGGGAAUAAUAACCGAAUGGCAGAUUUUAGUCCAACCUGUGCAUUUAAUGCCAAUGCUAACAACAACAACAACAACAACAACAACAGCAGCAGCAGCAAUGCUGGCAGCACAGCCUUUUGGUUUGGGGAAGGCCUUCUUCCUGGGGGCACUGAGGAGCUGGUUGGCCUGGGGGGCGGAGGCCCCUCCUCAGGAUUUGACCCCUUGACCAUUUCCACUGCCCAAGCAUCGCAUCCUGCUGCACACCCACACAUCUGGAGUUCCUUUGUGGACCACCAGCCCUUUCAGGCCUUCGAUGCUGUUCAAUCUCAGACCAGUCAGCCCGGGACGCCUCGGCUCUCUCCAACCUUCCCUGGGACAGAAGCCUUGGAGCAUCCACAGGCCCAGCGUGUUCUUCAGGGGACGUUAGGCUCGGCUGGGACUCUGGACGCCCACAGGUUCCCCUCCUACAGCUCUGCCUUCUCCUCUUCUGCCGAAAGCACCGCCUCCUCCUCCUCCCCUCCCGAAUCAUCCCUCACUUACCGACUGGGGCUGGGCUCAACCGGCAGAGGACAGGAGAUAUGCAUACACUGUAUGGAAAACCAGGUGAUCGCCGCUCUGGUUCCCUGUGGCCAUAAGCUCUUCUGUCUUGAUUGUGCCACCCAAAUAUGUCAGGCUGCAGAAGCUGCGUGCCCUGUGUGCCUCUCCCCAGUCACCCAGGCCAUUCAGCUCCGCAACAUGUGAUUAUCUGUCCCCCAGUUUACCUUGAUAACUGGGAUUCGAUCAGUCUCCCUUACACUUAUGAGUCAAGAAGCAUGAGGAGAAAUUACAAAUCUUAUCUAGAGUCAGUAUCUAGGUGAGCCGUCACACACUUUUUUUUUCAGGUUGGCGUUAAAGAACAUGAAGAGUAGGGAAAUAAGGAAUAUGUGUAUGGAGGGCAUGGGUUUGGGCGUUCAGCCUGGUCUCAUGCCGGUUGACGUGAAGUUUUCUACCUUGAUUUAUUGAUCAAAUGGAGGGUUGGAAACCCUCCUAUGUAGCAGUGGGUGGGAUGUAUUUUUUUGCUCAUUAUUUUUCAUUUGUACCCAUGAAUAAUUCAUUUGUUAGUUUCUGCCCAUCUAAACCUUUUUUUUAAAUAUUCUUUUUAAAUUGUGUUAUACAUAAUGUUGACAUUUGAGUCAGAUUUUGGUCUGCAUCUCAACUUUUAUUUUUAUUUUUUAAGCUUUUGCUACAGCCUGUUCUUGUGAACAGAAAUGGCCCUUUGCCUCUUAAUCACUGGGCUCAUUGUAGGAAAAAGGUGCGUAUAUUAACAUAUAUUGCCUAAAUAUGAUAAAUGAAUAGUAUCGUUUUGGUCACCACAGAAUCUGAACAGCUACCACUGUAAAGUGGCCACGUUAACCGGACAGAUACCACUAUCACACAUAAUCUGCGUAAUAAUUCCAGACCUUUGACGCGUGUCUGCGCUACUAGGAUAAAGAGGAUUUGUUGUUUACAGUCUCCAGAUUACAAAUCAGAGUUCUUGAAUAUCACAGAUGCUAACAGCGUAUUGUUAUGCAGCUAAACAAGCCCCCAAAGGCUUCUUACAGCGAGUGGGCUUAGCCUGAAAAACCGUCACACUCCAUUAGACUCGAACCAACAGGUGGGUAGCUCCUAUUUGUGGAGUACCAGGAUGUUGCACCACCUCAGUAUCGCCACGUUGCUUUUCAUUUCUACUUUUAGAAAACUGUUUACGGUGAACUUGUGCCUGAUUCUCCUUUUUAAGGAAACAAAAACAAACCCCUGGUACAGUGGACGCACAGUGUUGCUUUGUCUUAAAACAAACUUGUGGCCUUCUUUGAAAAGCCUGUAAUUACCUGAUAACAGAAUCUACGAAUCCAGAUCUUGGCUCAAAAGAGCUCAGGACUGACUGAAGUCUUAAUGUCGCUGCUGGAGUUCAGUUUCCUAAACACUUUCUUGGAUCAAACAUUAACUCACGGGGAUGCUUCCCUUGCUUCCUUUUAGUUGAACCACAGGCAUGUUGCCGCUUAUUGCUUUAUAUGCGCUCCCAUUUGUUUUGUUUUUAUUAUUAUUUUUUUUUUCAUAUUUUCCCCUUUUAAUCCUUUUUUGUUUAACGUUUUGCUGGGAUCCUGGUUUGGGAAAGCCUGUGUUGGUUUUCAGCCAUGUACAUCAUGUACAUUUUGGUAACAUUCCUUCACCCAUGUAUUACCAGUGACCUUUUAGCUGUAGUCACCUGCAGUAUUGCUCAUCAAUAGUUGAACCUGGAACCACAAGAGCCAAUAUGCUAUGAAACUGGACUAUAAGACGACUGUAACCUGGAACAAAUCCCCGUACUGUACAGACAGGCUACUGACUUGUCAGCCAUGUCAAUACUGUUUGUUCCUUUCUCAUGGACGACUCUCUGUCAUACACUGCUUGACUGUGUGGCUGUGCUCUCACAGACAUAUUGGGUUUCUGUAAGCAGUCCCUAGAAUUGAAUGACACACAUUACUUCACUUGGAUUUAGUUUAAACCAGGCCUAUGCAAAACUCUCAGUCUCAGUGUAUAAACCACUAGGAAGCACUGGAUAAAUGAAACUCCUAGUUUUAAUUACAAGCUCAAACAAUCUUGGGGUUUCAACUGUAGGCAGACAUCCCUUAGGGUUUUCUACUACUUUUUAAUUAGGGUUAACUGUCAUCACCUGCUUUAAUGGACCAAGUUGUUUCAAUAGAAGACACUCUGCUUUUUAUGUUCCUCAGCUCAUGUAAUGUUUACAUCAACACACUAUUCUGUAGUUUGGACUUGACUCGUCUUGCUGUUGAGUGCACGUCUGCUUCUCUUCCUGAAACGAAAGGUACAAAUUGGCUCCAAUUGUAGCUUUAAAACCAGAGUUUUUAGAGUUUUUGUGCUAAUAUAUAUUUUAUAGGGGAAGCUGCUGGAAUGAUUUGGUCACGGGCUGUGCUGACACUACAUAAGGUCAAUACUGUUUCUUUGCUGUGUGGACAUGGGACCACAGUCCCUUUUAGCAUUCCAGCUGCAAACUGUAUUUGGGAGAUUCUUCGUAUUGCUUAGCUGGUUCUUAAAUGAACGAUCAAGCCUUCUCAAAGAAAUGGAACCAAAUGUGUCCCAAAAGUGCAAAAAAGUCAUCUGCUUGUGCCCCUUGGGUUUUCUAUUCUAUACCGUCCUUUUAUUUCUUAUCUUUACGUUCCCUCAGAGGGAAAGCAAUACACUGUCAGCCCUCAGUUGAUUGCCGUGAAUCUAUUGACAUUUUGUGUAUGUAUUAUAUAUUAUUACUGUUAAUGACUGAUAAAUAUACAGAACAUUUUAUUUUGUUACAUUUCACACAUAUCUAUAUAUACACAAAUAUAUCUAUAUCAAAUGUUUACAAUAAGAUUUUUUAUUUUAUUUUAUUUUUGAGUGAUUAAGUGAACGAAGUGCUGGAAGCCCAGAAAUAUUGCAGGAGAGAGUCAAUGCUAUCUGCUUGUAUUCUAGCUAUUAGUUUACAGUAUUGAUGAUGAUAAUAGUAUUGAUAGCUGCCAUUUAAACCUAGUGGAGAAUGGCAUUUGUAUAACGAGCAUGUCUUCAUAAUGUACCGCCAAUGUAAAACAUCUCUCUGCAACUGUAAAAAGGCCAAGGAUUCAAGAUGCCUGUCAUGUCUGUAUGCCACCAAAUUAAGAAUGGUAUACUGUAAAUGUAUCUUAUAUACAUAUAUUGUUAAGCUGUACCAACAGUUCAAAGUAUUUGCUAAUUUUACUUUUACACUUUUGUUAUGUAUAUGUAGAGGGAGUCUUAUGGCAUAUAAAUUCUUCAAAUUGUUGUCAGGAGUUUAUGGUAGACUAUAUUUUAUAAUGGCCUUUAAGUUAUUGCGGCCAAAGCACUGAUAUUAUAUAUUUGCUGUAAAGAGAAUUUAAGAGUUUUAUUUUUCUGAUAUUAAAGUUACUUAAUAAAGACGGUUUCAUUUAAAGCCA